AUGAUAGAGGCAGAUGUUCUGCUGAUAGUUAUUGUUGAUAAGCUGUCCAAUGACUCUACUUCUGAGAAAUCCUCAGAGUGUGUGGGCAGAGAUAGUCAGCACUGGAGGUUCAUUGGGGAGGGGGAUAUUGCAGAGUUGGAGGUACCAUUGGCCCAGUACUCAGGGGUCCUGCUUCAUAAAGUGCUGGGUUCUCUGAAGAUGGGAGUGGAGAGAGAGGGGUCUGCUCAUACCAGUCUGCAGCUCAUUCCGCUGCCUAUGCUCUUCUUGUUGGACAGCUUCAUUAUAGUCAAAGGGAACAGUAAAGUCUCAGGUUGGGAAGUACCAGCACAUGGUUUCUUCCCAUUGUUCCUGUCAUCUUUGUCCAUCAUCAGGCUAGUUGGCAAUGUCUUCUCCCAUCCAGGCAUUGAUGGCUGUGGGGGAACAGGAGCUAUGAGGCUGGCUGCCAGAUGUUGGUGCAUGGGAUCUUGGAGCCAUCUGAGGGGCAUCAAGAGAGUCCUAGGCAUGAUUGGCAAUCCCAUGGGUCUGGGAGGCAGAAGAGGAGGAGGGGGAGUGCUGAAAGAAGUUCUCUGGGAGGUCCUGGGCCUCAGGGGGGUUUUCUGGUAUAAGGAUUCCAUACCUUCUUGGGAUGCUAUGGUCCCAGUCUCUGGGUCCAGAGAAGUACUGUCUUCUCUCUUCUUCUUGACCAUUCCCCUGAUGCAUGCUGCUAGGUUCAGCUUCUAG